AGUUGUCUGGGCCCGGCGGAUGUGUGUCGCCGCUUAGGUGACGCUGGGAAGUGCUUGCAGCCCCCGCCGCUGCCUCUUGGUUGAAGCACUAUGGAGGGAGAGAGGAAGAACAACAACAAACGGUGGUAUUUUACUCGAGAACAACUGGAAAACAGCCCAUCGCGUCGUUUUGGCGUGGACUCAGAUAAAGAACUAUCUUAUCGCCAGCAGGCGGCCAAUCUACUCCAGGACAUGGGACAACGUCUUAACGUCUCACAACUGACGAUCAAUACUGCCAUAGUAUACAUGCACCGGUUCUACAUGAUCCAGUCUUUUACACAGUUCCAUCGAUACUCUAUGGCUCCAGCGGCCUUGUUUCUAGCAGCAAAAGUAGAAGAACAACCAAAAAAAUUGGAACAUGUCAUCAAGGUGGCACACACUUGCCUCCAUCCACAGGAGUCGCUUCCUGACACGAGGAGUGAGGCCUACCUACAACAAGUUCAAGAUCUGGUGAUUUUAGAGAGCAUAAUUUUGCAGACCUUAGGGUUUGAACUUACAAUUGAUCACCCACACACACAUGUGGUAAAGUGCACCCAACUUGUUCGAGCAAGCAAGGACUUAGCACAGACAUCUUACUUCAUGGCAACCAACAGCCUGCAUUUGACCACAUUUAGCCUGCAGUACACACCUCCUGUGGUGGCCUGUGUCUGCAUCCAUCUGGCUUGCAAGUGGUCCAACUGGGAGAUCCCAGUCUCAACUGACGGGAAGCACUGGUGGGAGUAUGUUGACGCCACUGUGACCUUGGAACUUUUAGAUGAAUUGACACAUGAAUUUCUACAGAUUCUAGAGAAAACACCAAGCAGGCUGAAACGUAUUCGGAAUUGGAGGGCAUACCAGGCUGCCAUGAAAACCAAACCGGAUGACCGGGGAGCGGAUGAAAACACAUCGGAGCAGACGAUUCUCAAUAUGAUUUCUCAGACCUCUUCAGACACAACUAUCGCAGGCUUAAUGAGCAUGUCAGCCGCGUCUACAGGUGCAGUGCCUUCCCUGCCUGCCUCUGAAGAGUCCUCGAGCAGUCUAACUAGCGUGGACAUGUUGCAAGGCGAGCGGUGGCUGUCUUCUCAACCUCCCUUUAAACUAGAGGCUUCUCAGGGUCAUCGGACUAGUGAGAAUUUAGCACUUAUUGGAGUUGAUCAUUCCUUGCAACAUGAUGGUUCGAAUGCAUUUGUUUCCCAGAAGCAGACUAGCAAGAGUGUGCCAUCAGCUAAAGUUUCACUUAAAGAAUACCGUGCAAAGCACGCUGAAGAGCUGGCUGCUCAGAAGAGGCAGCUGGAGAACAUGGAGGCCAAUGUGAAGUCACAGUAUGCAUAUGCUGCCCAGAAUCUCCUAUCUCAUGACAGCCAUUCUUCAGUUAUUCUGAAAAUGCCCAUCGAGGGCUCAGAAAAUCCUGAACGUCCUUUUCUGGAUAAGGCUGACAAAUCAGCCCUGAAAAUGAGACUCCCAGUGGCUGGUGGAGAUAAAGCGGCCUCUUCAAAACCGGAGGAGAUAAAAAUGCGCAUUAAAGUGCACUCUGCAGGUGACAAGCACAACUCUGUAGAAGACAGUGUUGCCAAGAGCCGAGAGCACAAAGAGAAGCAGAGGACUCACCCGUCUAACCACCACCACCACCACAACCACCACUCACACAAGCACUCUCACUUACAGCUGCCAGUUGGCCCUGUGAGCAAACGACCAAGUGAUCCAAAACACAGCAGCCAGACAAGCACCUUAGCACACAAAACCUAUAGCUUGUCUAGUACUUUGUCUUCUUCAAGCUCUACUCGUAAAAGGGGGCCCCCAGAAGAGACUGGGGCAGCAGUAUUUGAUCAUCCAGCCAAGAUUGCCAAGAGUACUAAAUCAUCUUCCUUGAAUUUCCCCUUCCCGCCUCUUCCUACAAUGACCCAGUUGCCUGGGCAUAGCUCAGACACAAGUGGCCUGCCCUUUUCACAGCCUAGCUGUAAAACCAGAGUUCCUCAUGUGAAACUGGAUAAAGGCCCUCCUGGGGCUAACGGUCACAACACAACUCAGUCAAUAGAUUAUCAAGAUACUGUGAAUAUGCUCCACUCCCUGCUUAGUGCCCAAGGUGUUCAGCCCACUCAGCCCCCUGCAUUUGAAUUUGUCCAUUCUUAUGGUGAAUAUAUGAAUCCGAGAGCUGCUGGCAUCUCCAGAUCUGGCAACACAGACAAACCUCGGCCACCACCCCUCCCGUCAGAGCCCCCUCCACCUCUUCCACCUCUUCCUAAGUGAAAAAAAAGGCAAAAACUUCAAAAACAAAAAACACUUUUUUGUUUUGUUUUUUUCUUUUUUGUUUUGACUACUGAUACUAGACUACGAAAAUUACAUCCCUUAUGAAAUAUGUCACCUAAGGAAUAGAUUGCUAUUUGAGACAGGUGGGGGGUGCUGGAGGGCCUCAGUUAUUACAUCUGCUGCCUCCUACACCUGUAGUUGGUACCGGUGUUAGAGAGGUAGGGUUGUGUGGAAGCUGUGAAGGAGGACUAAGAACGCGCUAUGGCCUCUCCUCAUCCUAACUAGGUUGAUUGGAGUAGUUCUCUUCCCUCUUCUCGCCAGAACUGGAAUGUGGAGGGCGUGUCCAGCAGUGUGGAUUCUUUUGGGGUUUAACAUAUCAGAAGAGAGGAAGUAUUUAAACGUCAAAUCUUUAAGAGACUUUUAAAAAAUAAUUUAAAGAAAGUAAGUUAUCUGUUUAGUUUUUUUUAUAUAUAAUUGGGAAGGGGAAAGGGAUUUUGCUGUGUGUAUGAGGAACAUAGCAAUGACUGGGGGUCGGAGGGUGGGAAUGUGUGCAGGUUGGGCGGGAGGGUAGGCUUUGGCCAAGAGUGAAAUAGGCUCAGGCCACUUGAAGUAUUGAGAUCUUUAAAGUGUGUGCGUGCGUGCGUGUGUGCGUGCGUGCGUGUGUGCGUUUAAAAUCAUGUUACCUUUUUCCUCCCACUCUUAGCCAUUUUCACAUCUCAACAUUCUAUUAGAGAGCAUAGUUGGCCUUGAAGCUAUAAAGAGGCCUGUAAUGACAGUGUGAGUCCUCCCCUCCCUUCGCCACAUGGUUAUCUUGUAAUUGAGUAGUAGCCCUCUAGCUUCUAGUUUGGGCAGGUGUAGCCAAUGCCCUAACUCUCUAGCACCAUUAUGGAAACUUCCCUUUUACUCCAUUUUGAGUUUUCAAUGCGGAAUGGAAGUGGGCUUGAGGAAGAAGCCUAAAAGCAGGGCUGGCCAAUUCCCUACAGAAUCCAGGUUGGGCUUUGUGAAAGCUCAGGUCUCUGAAGGGAAGAAAGGUAUGCUUGCUUGUCCUCUCUGGAAAAACCAGACCAUGUGUGAUAAUAGGAUUGGGAGAAGCCAGGGAGUUAAUGAUACUAAAGACAAUGAAAUUGUGAUUUGGGAAUCUGAAGACUUUGUGUUUGUUACAUUAUGAAUGUAAGAUUUGCUUUUUAUCUGUUUAUCUAAUGGGAAACAACUGCACACUUGCAGUUUGCAGCCUGUCUGACUUGAGAGACGGUUGGAAUUCAACAGCAUGGUGUAACGAGUGAGCAAGGCCGCUAACAGACAGUGUUUAGAUCGUGUCUUAGUGGGUGGCUUUUGGUUCUAGACAGAUGCUUAAAGUCCUUGAAAAUGGUCGGUCAGGAGUCCUCUUAGGGGCUUGAUUGUUCCAGACAUUAGACGUAAAUAUUUUUGAUGAAGGAAAUCUUUGAAGAAAUGCUGACUAGGUAAAAAUUGUAAGCCAAGCUGUCUAACUGAAAAUGCUACCUAGCCACAGAUCAUUGCUGGUUUGUUUUUUUUUUUUGUUUUUAUUUUUUUGGUUCAUUGCAUGAGUGUGUGUGUGUGUGUGUGUGUGUGUGUGUGUGUGUGUAUACACGUGUGUAUGUGUAGGUUUUUUUUUUUUUUGACUAUGGAUAAGAUGGUGCUAUGAAAAUAAUUUGUCUCUUGUUUUAAUUAAUGAAGCUUCUGUCGUGCCAAGUAGUUUUUAGGGGAGAAGUCAGAUUCUUUUCAUUGAAAGUCAUAGGGAAACAGAAGUUGUACAGGUGCUGCUUGCCAAGAAGAGACUAGGAAAACACCGAGGCAGUUACUCUUGUGGAUGAUAUACUGGCCCCAUAAAGGCAAGAAGGUAUAGGAAGGAGUAUAUCUUAGGGUGACUUUGUGGUUCUUAAUCUGCAUGUUUGAACUGUCUGGAGUACCUGCCAUUGCUGUGCAAAAUAAGGAGCUCCUUGCUGAGAAACCAGUGACAGUUCUUGGUGUGUGACUUUAAAGUGACAUUUUCUCUCUUGGUAUUUCCUGUGUUGUGCAAGAUAGAUGUGUCAUCAUGAUUACUAAAUUUAGGCUUGGCGUUUGUUUAGAUUUUGUUUCCCAUCCUGACCUUCCCAAAAGGGGAUGAUAUACCCUUUAUUUUGUAUCUUUGUCUGGAAUUGAUGAUUUGAUUUUGGCUGGGUUUUUUUAAAUUACUUUCGUUAAUGUCACGUAUUUUCUGAUCACAUGCAGUCCCUUACCAGAACGGCUGUCAUAUUUGCAGUCAUGGCAUUUCUUCACAGUAGUUAAUACUGUAGUUGAAUUUUUUAGAACUCUGUCUGUAGUGGACUAGAGAUAACUGCUUAUUAAAGCCUACAGAGCUACUUCAUGCUGUAGUCUGGUCUUUACUGUAGCUCCACACUGAGUUUGGUUAGUUUAGAGACUUUAAUAUAUUACUUCCUCCUGGCACUGUCUAGAUAAGCAGUAUCUGCUUCUAAGUCUAUAGGUCCUGACCCUCCCUCGGGGCUCUGCAUGACCUGCUACAUUGUGUUAUUUUGGGGUUAGCAGAUAACCCUGCCAAGUAGCAUGCAUCGUGUCCAGCUUCUGUAUAAUGAGGCUUCUAAGCCAUGUGUGUCUCCUGCCUUCAGCCCUUCAAAGGGUGGGAAGUAGUCUUUGUGUAUCUAAAGUCAGCUGUGCAAACAUGCCUCCCUUUUUUCUUUUAAUCUAAACUGUCAAGAAGAAAUGAGAGUGGUAAGCAGGCUUGGAGCCUCAACUUCUGUAAAUUUCAUUCCUAAGAGUUUGCUUGACUUUUACGUUGGCAGAAAUAAAUACCUGUGGAUUAUAUCUAGGGCUUUUAGUCAUAUACCUGUGUUGUUCACUAAUUCUGGUGAAUUAUUAACCUAAAGCCAGUGUGGUCUUCUGAAGUAUCCAGUUAUGCCUUUUGGUUUAGAAAAUACUUAAGUAUUAGUCUACUUUUCUCAUUCAUGGAUCAUUGCAUUUUUGUAUCUGAGACUCAGCAUCUUUUCCUUCUUGUAAAUGAUUUUAGUGUUUUGGUUUAGUGUAUCCUACAUACUCCUGUAUUAUUAGGUUCACCAGUGGUGAUAGAAAAAUUGAGUAUCUCCAAUUGCAAACAGCAGUAGAUUUGAGUAUUGAAACAAAAUCAUGGUGACAUCACUGCUGGGGUUCCUGAGGCCUUUGCAACAUAAUUCACCUCUCACACCUUGCUUCUAGACAAAGGCAAUUGGAGGGGUCCUAUCUAUCCUAGUAUGGUUGGAAUCUAAAUAUAUGCGUUUCCAUUAUUUUGGGAACUAAUUAUUUUUUUUUAAAGAUUUUUUUCUUUUUUUUUUAUGAGUUAUUUUGAUACUCGUGCUAGGAAAAGGGAGAAACUAAACCAUCUUGAGAUCGGAAUGCCUAUUUUAUUCUCCUGGGUUCGGGAGAAUUUAAACAGUCUAUGCAACCCACCAGAUAGUGAGAAAUAGCUUCCUGCCAUUCCACUGAGCUCUCGGUGACUCAUACGUCCUCAAAUGUCCUGGCGUUGGUUGAGGUUUGAAUCUUUAUGUUUAGGAAGCAUUCUCACAACAGCACGCUGUCAUUUCUUUCUUACCCCUCAGCGGGUGGAAGGUUGGAGAAGAAUGGUACUGUGAUCUUACCUGAUGGAGUGGUCUAAGUUCACAGUUGUUUCAGAGUGGGUGGACUCUGUUUUAGUAUUCUGAGAUUGUUAGUAUGAACUUGGCAAUGGAAAGGGGAAGGAAAAGAAUGUUUAAUAAAAAUCAGUGUCUACUCUUUCCUUUAUGAGUGCGUAUUCCUGGUUGUAUGGCGAGAAACUCAUGGGUUUUGUGUUGCCAUGUGAAUGUCGAGAGGGAUGCUUGACAGCAUGUUAACUGAAGCCAGAGCAAGUGUGUCUGCCAUCAGGUAAUCUGGAGACGCCAGUGUAUGCCGCAAGGAAGUGAGGAGCUGAGGACCAUAGUGAAAUCACUUACAGAGCGGAAGGGCUGUCUGGCCUAAGAACCCAAAGGAAACAGUGCUGCAGCAGCCUUGUAGGUGUGAUUUAGGGUUCUGAACUGGAGACUGAUCUUUAUUACCUGACUUGCCACACGCAAAACUGUUCAUUUUCUUAUCAGACCAAAGAACAAAAAGAAGAGAAAAAUGAAAAAGCAAAGUCACACUUUUACCGGUUUAUGUCACUCAGGUACAAUUGUGUGGUGAGGUUUUGUUUUUUUGUCUGAUUUUUUUUUUUUUGUACUGCUCAGCAUAUUAUUCUGCUGUUGCUUCUGUCCUCUGUGGGGCACCUGAGUUUUGGGUGCUACUCCUGGGAUCUCUACUGCUGUUAGGUGAAUGACAGUACAAUGGAAGUGACCAUUAUCAUAAGGGCUCUUUGUAAAAAAACUUUAAAAACGCAAAAAAAUUUAAAGAAGGAUAUUGUAUACAUUUUAUAGUCUGGCUAUCAGUUUGAUAUCUUGCUGUCAAGGAUGUUUCUCAAUCUGUAUUUAUCCAUCCCAUCAAUAAACGUUAAUGAUAAAAUA